AUGUCGCAGUCAAACGAUCCAAAAGUCCUCGAAAAUGGAGACAAUGGCGAUGAUAGUCGAAUGAAACAGUACAAGAAUUUGAACAAACAUGAAGUUUCUCACGGCUUUUGUAAAAUAUAUUGUUUUUUCGUGUUCAAGGAUCUCCGUCGUCGUCGAACAGAAUGCAGUGUUGAAAUCAGAAAGAAGAAAGGUGACGAAAUGCUAAUGAAGCGUCGCAAUAUCAAUGUGAAUGAAAACGACGAUGAAGAAGAUGCAGAGGAAACUUUCGAUGACUUUUCCGACGUUGAAAAACCCGGUCGGUCUUUUUUUAUUAGCGUCUUAACUUCAAGUUUUUGUUUUAAGUUGUUAGCAAGGGUACUCCUCGAUACACCUACGAAGAGGUGAAAUCUGUUUUGUUCAACAAUCCGGACCUGGAACAAACAAUCAAGUGCUUCGAAUCGCUUCGAAAAAUUCUUUCGAAAACGCGGACUCCGCCAAUCGAAGAAUUCAUCCAAUCUGGCUUGAUGGCCGCUCUUGUUCAAGCUCUGUCCAUUGAAGUAAAUCUCAUUGGCAUUAUUUUCAAGUUUUUUUAAAUUUCAGAACGACAAAAUUCGCUACGAAGCUUGUUGGGCUCUGACCAACAUCGUUUCGGGAACUUCUGAGCAAACGAUUGCGGCUGUGAAUGCCGGCGCCACGGAGCCUUUGAUCAAGCUCGCUGUGGAUCCGAACGAACAAGUGGCCGACCAAGCUCUGUGGGCCAUCGCUAACAUUGCUGGCGACUCGCCUCAGCUUCGUAACUACGUUAUCAGUAUGUUUCGCUUUUCAAAUUUGUUAAAGUAAAAUACAAACCAGCUAAAAUCGGCGCAGAACAAGUCUGCGCCCAAAAGUCUUGAAAUGUUAAAUUAUACCAAGAACUUUUAAGAGGUUGGCGGAAUCGAGGUGAUCAUGCAUCUCGUUGCUCACUUGGACAAGCUGAGCUUGAACCACGCCAGAACCCUCGCCUGGACCAUCUCCAAUAUCAGCAGACACAAAGAGGCGCCUCUCUCUGUUCUUCGCCAAAUAAGCGUCGCUCUUGCUCAACUCGUUAAGCACGAAGUAUCAUUGCGAUCUUCAUCUUCUCUAGUCAUUCAUAUGGUUCCAGGAUAAACAAGUGCGCCAGGACUCGUGCUGGGCUGUGGCGUACAUGACUGACGGGCCCGAUCAGCAGAUUGAGCUCUGCAUUUCGAGUGGUUAGAAUGCAUUCCGAAUACAUACUUUCAUGACCAAAUUUACCCUGCAGCAUAAAGAAGUUUCAGGUACAAUCAACACGGUUGUUGAAUUCUUGCGCGACGCCGACCAGCUGGUUGCUCCGGCCCUGAGAACUCUUGGAAAUGUUGCGACGGGUUGUGACAAGUUGACCCAAGAGAUCAUUGAUAGAGGCGUCUUGCCUGAGAUUGUUUCUCUUCUCAAGCGAACUUCUUCCACAUCCAUUGUCAAGGUGGCUAAAUUGAACAUUAGGUGAUAAAAUGAGAAUUUUAGGAGUGCUGCUGGCUGAUUUCCAACGUUAUUGCGGGCACACAGGGUCAAAUUCAAGCCGUUAUCGAUUCGGGUCUUCUCGGCUUUGUUAUUGGUGUUUUGAAAAAGGUAGCGAAACUAUGACAGUUAUUUAUUUUUUAAUAUGAAAAUGCAUUCAAUUUCAUGGCUUGUUAUAAUGUUUUUUUAAAGGGUGACUUCAAAAGUCAAAUCGAGGCCUCUUGGGCUCUUUCCAAUCUUACGCAAGGAGGAACCUCGAAACAAAUUUACGCUAUGGUGGAGGAGAAAGGAGUAGAAGUUUUGUCGAUUUGCUUGGGCCAAAAUGCGACCGCCGACAUGCAGAAUAACUGCUUAGAGGCUCUGUACUCUUGUUUGACAACUGUCUCUACACAGUAAUCACUUUUCGCCGUUUUUAUCUGAAAAAUGUUUUUUCCAGUUACCCCGAAAAGCUUGACCUAGUGCGGGAUUCUAUUGAAGCGAAUGGAGGACUCGAUGCUCUCGAAAAACUCCAAGGAGCUGAGGUUCAAGAGGUCAGUUUUUGGGGUUUAAAUAUAAGUAAGAGCAUCUGAAACAGUUCACCUGUCGGUUCAUAUCACAGUAUUUUCAGAUCUAUACGCACGCUUAUAAAAUCAUCAGCGAGUUCUUCUCGGAUGAUGAACUGGAUGCAGAUCAUGCCACGGAUGAAAACUCGGCGCCUCCAGCUUAUUCUUUCUAA